UUUGCAGUGGCAUCCUGAUUGGCUGAUAGAGAUCGUGGCAAAGUUUGAUUGGAUAACACCCAUAGUCAGCUGAAAAGAGGGAGUAGUGAGAGUGGGAUGGAGAGAAAUGUAAAUGGAUGAGUGCAGAUAACGUCUUCCUGAUUGAGUUUACGCUGGACUUCAUUUCUCUCAAGGCAUUCUUGAGAUAUCGUGUUUACAAGAAUGGGACGGUACACACGUAUGGAUGGACAACCUGAAAACAUAAUGUCUCUGACUGUGCUCUUGUUGGCAUGGAAGCAUAAAAACAAGAAUGUGGACAAAUGACACCAGGGGGUGCUGAGGGGCCUCGAUGGUCCUCUGCCUGUGGCCUCUCCAGAUUCUAGGAUCGCAGCUGUCUUUUCUCACUGACAGGUCUCUCCAACCCCUGGGAAACCUAAUACGUCAGUUGCCUAGACUCCGAAGCUGAGAAGAGAUGUCCCACAGGGAGUGUUCCGCUUACAAGCCUGAGUUUCAUUACUUGGCCAUAUCUUUUUCCCAUGGUCCCCGACCCAAACCACACACACUCGGAGUUGCUCAAUCCUCCAGCCCUGUGCUGCUGCAGCUAUCUAACGUAAACUACGUCAUGAUUUUGGUUCGGUUUAUGAUACUGGAGGUGCUCUUUCGUGCAGUUUCCACAUGGCAGAAAAUGUGGCUCACUUGUUGGUAAUAUAGAAAGCUCCCAGCCAGUAGUUUCAACAAUAUAACCAAUGUGAAGCCAAGGGAGAAUAAAGCAGCCAUUGAUCAGUGAAAAAAUGCCUCAGGAGAGGGUUUUUUGGAGGAUUGAAGCUCUGGUGCUGCUUUUAUGUGACAAGCUGUCUGCAGUAGCUUCACCAGUAACAGAAACUUUCUCUUCUUCUUCGUCCGGACUGCCAUUGUCGCUCCAUUUAUCAGGAAGUUAUUAAUCAAUGCUGCAUGUUUCUAUGGGAUAAGCUGGUUGUUACUGUGAUCUAGAUACUGUCUGAUCUGCCGACGUCUUUUCUGGAGUCUGGCCAGUUGUGUUUAGAGGGGAGGGUAGCGGCAGGGGAAUGCUACAAGGAAUGCUGAGGGACAAUGGAGCAUGGUUAAGCUGGUAUUAAGGGCACUCUCCAUUGUUGCUAUGGUUCUUAUGGUAUGAGAAACAGACGUUCUUGUCCAACAUGGAAUCUGUACACCAGUGAUUCAAGAAUUUCAUCUGCAGCUCAGAGGCAUAAUGUAUCUAAACACUAUACAUGGUUGCUGAAACGCUGAGAUGGACAAAACACAAAAGGACCACCCGGCUGACAAAAAGAUAAGCGACUCUAGGAAUAACUCUGAAAAGCAACCAGUCACAGCGUGUCUGUUCAGCGCAGCCUUCUUCGGUGCCCUGGGGUCAUCUUUCAUUUACGGCUACAACCUCUCUGUGGUCAAUGCUCCUGCUUUGUACAUUAAGGCUUUUUACAAUAAGACAUGGAAUGAGAGAUAUGGGGAGCCUCUUACAGCAGAGACAGCCACCCUCCUCUGGUCUGUCACAGUGUCCAUAUUUGCCAUUGGAGGCCUUCUUGGAGCACUGUCUGUCUCCAUAAUCAUCAAAGCACUGGGAAGAAAGGGAACCCUGCUGCUGAAUAACGGCUUUUGUGUAAUAGCUGCUCUGCUGCUGACCCUGGGUGAAAGGGCCAAAUCUUUUGAGAUGCUCAUCAUUGGCCGACUCAUAAUCGGGGUGGACUCAGGUAUAGCUCUCAGCGCCCUCCCCAUGUACCUGGGAGAAAUUACACCAAAGCAUAUCCGAGGCUCCAUUGGCCAGUUCAACUCCAUCCUCAUCUGCUUGGGAGUGUUCAUAGGACAAGUGCUGGGGCUGCCCGAGCUGCUGGGUCAGGAAACCAGGUGGAACUACCUUUUUACCUUCCUGGCGGUUCCCGCUAUGCUGCAGCUGUGCGUGCUGCCCUUCCUCCCUGAGAGUCCUCGUUAUCUACUAAUAGAGAGGAGGGAUGAGGCUGGAGCAGAAAGAGCCUUCCAGCAGUUUUUGGGGAAGAAGGACGUGUCCCAGGAGCUGGAGGAGGUUCAUGCGGAGGCUCGGGCUCAGGACAACCUACAAACAGCCUCUGUGUUGCAGCUGCUGAGGAGCCGAGCUGUUCGGUGGCAGCUCAUCACCAUCAUCAUCACCAUGGCUUGCUAUCAGCUCUGUGGCCUAAACGCUAUCUGGUACUACACCAAUGGGAUCCUUCGGGAAGCAGGCUUUGCCGAGAACAUUCUACCCUACAUCACACUGAGCACUGGGGCCAUAGAGACUUUGGCUGCUAUCAUCUCGGGGCUGGUAAUAGAACGAAUCGGGAGGAAGCCCCUCCUCAUCUUUGGUUUCUCUGCCAUGGCCGUGUUCUUCAGCCUACUCACAGUGUUCCUCACUUUCCAGGACAGUCUGUCAUGGAUGCCCUACCUCAGUUACAUCUGUAUACUGGCUGUGAUUGCGUCCUUUUGCUCUGGGCCAGGUGGCAUCCCCUUUAUCCUGACCGGGGAACUGUUUGAACAGUCCUACCGACCUGCUGCCUUCAUGAUCGCUGGUACAGUAAACUGGCUGUCCAACUUUGCUGUGGGCCUCCUGUUCCCAUUCAUCCAAGAGAUGCUGCAGACCUUUGCCUUCCUGGUGUUUGUGGUGGUCUGCUUCUUGGGAUCUAUCUACCUUUACUUUGUCCUCCCUGAGACCAAAAAUAAAACAUUUAUGGACAUCAGUCAGAGCUUUAACAAGAUCAACAAAAUUCCUGUCCCCUCCCCAAGCCAUGAAAUGGAGUUGGUUCUGUCCAGUAAGCCUGGCAUGAAUGGAAACGAUGUCGCUAACAUGGAGAGUUCCUUCUAGCUGCACAAACUACGCUAAUUUUGGAGACGCAGGAUUGAAAUAUAAACUGAUAGUAUUAGUUGUGUGUACAUAUUUAUUUAAUGACUGUGACAACAUCAUUUUGGUUAAACUAAGCAGUAUAGUAUAGUAUGCAGUAGACAAGUAUCCCUUUAUGGUUUGUUUUUUUUUCUUUUGUUUUUUACUGGGGUGCCACUGGAUGUCAGGAAUACACCAGAAAACAGGGUUAGUAAACAGAAGAAAGCAGCCUGGACGCCGGUGAAAAUGUUAUAUGUCCAUUUUUUUUUCCCACUUCAGUCUCUCUUUCAGAUUCAGUGCCAACUAAAUUAGGACGAUGUCCGAACAUGGACAAAAUCUGUGCAGAAGUUAACUACAAAGGCAAGGGACAAAAAUUAGCAUGUCCUCCCGGGUGUCAUGUUUUCAUCCCUGCAGAUGGGAGCUGAUCGAGACUGGAACCGAUAAAGACUUGUGACUACUGCAGAGUCAUUUGUCCUUUAAGUGAAUGCCGAUUGUAAACAUCCCACUAAAUCCCACUAGAAAACAAAAGCCAGAUGUUAGUGGGUUUAUCUUUCAGUGAGAGAGGGACUGAAACUAAUUUAACUUAUGUACGUAAGUUAACUAGUAUGUCAUGUGAUGUAAACCAUAUUACUUAGCUAAAAAAACAACAACUUGAUGCUGACUUCUCUUUUCACACAAGACACAAACAGUGGUCUCCUGGGUGAAAGUCUGUGUUUGUUUGACCAAUCCACUACCCGACUUCCUCUCUAUGCUGACCUUCUUGCUUUUUAUACUACGUCAGUUGCUCUGAGCAUCUAAUAGGCCCUGGGAAUGAAAACAGGUCGACUGUGAUCAGUAAAAUGAAAAUCCAUGCUUUUGUUUUAAUACAUUUUGGUAUUUUGUAUGUUUUGUAUGGCUGAAUUAUUCAGGAAAAUUACAGUGUUUCAAUUUACAGCAA